GCUGCGGGCGUCCCGUGUGCUGCUGGUGGGGCUGCGUGGUCUCGGCGCGGAGGUGGCCAAGAACCUCAUCCUGGCAGGGGUGCGAGCUCUCACCAUGCUGGACCACCACCAGGUGUCACCCGAGGACACACGGGCACAGUUCCUGGUCCCUGCUGGCUCUGUGGGGCGCAAUAGGGCCGAGGCGUCGCUGGAGCGGGCGCAGAACCUCAACCCCAUGGUGGAUGUCAAGGCCGACCCCGAGAGCGUCGAGAGCAAACCUGAAGCUUUCUUCACCCAAUUCGAUGCUGUGAGAGAAGCCCCCCAAAAUGUGGGGUUUUGGGGGGGGAAAAUGGGGCGAAGGGAAGCGUUGUCUGGGGGGUUGUAG